AUGCGAGUGUGGAGUGCGGUCGGGUUCGAGUGCAGGUGAGUGGUGCAGAGUGGGGUGCCUUUGCAUGUUUUGGGUUGUGUACGUGACACGAAGUUAGGAGUUUGGAUACUUUUCCGCAUGCGAGGGGGCCGCAGGCCCCCGAGCCUUCCAGUCAAGUCUUCACAGCACUCAGUAUGAGACGUGGCACCGCAUGCGAGGGGCCGCAGGCCCCGAGCCUUUUAAAAAUUUCAAAAGGAAUCAUAAGGCUUAGGGAAAAUUCAAAAGCAAGAGUAAAAGAACAAGCAAAAGUACCAGAAAUUGGGGGGCCCGAAGGGACCCCCUAAUUUCUGGUUUCUUUAUUCAAAGCAAAAAAGUCAAAAAUGCGUACGCCACUUGAGAUUCCAAGGACGUCUCCGAUCCAAGUACUAAUCAAGCGCACCGUUGCUUAACUUGCCAGAUCGGACGGGAUGGCGUGCUUUCAACGGGCUAUGGGCGUACACACUCCCUUCCCUUUCCACUUUUGAUUCCUUUCCCUGCAAUUCCACCCAGUCCCCGGCCGAGGCUACCUUUUCGAGAUUUUUUUGAAAUUUUCAGUCAAUAAUGACGUCAUGAAUACAGAAAAAUUAGAGAUCAUGCCUUUGGAGAGACCCCACAGAAAUAGCGUAAAUUCCCCAGCCAAAAAGGAAAGGGUCGAACAGAGGUAAGCUGGCACGCCAAUUUGUCUAAACAUAAAAAACGGAAAAAAAAUUGAUCGAGUCAAGUCUCUCCCUGGCCAUUUUGGACAACUGUUCCUCCCCGCAGGAACACGGUAAUAAAACGACAGAAAAUAACGGUAUCAAUGCAGAAAGAAUCAGAAUAUGCAGAAUCAAUGCAGAGAAAUCAAAAAGUGCACAAAAAAGACAGACAAAAAAAAUUUCUGCCUAGUUUGGCGGCCUUUCCCAAAAGAUAUAUUUUAGUGUGUCAAUUUGGAUGAACGGUAACUUUUUUUGAGGGGUGAAAGUUUAGGAUGUUUUCUUAUGAAAUUGUAGCAAAUUGCUUCAGCUUUCUAAUGGUACUUCGAUUUUUAUCAUAUCGUCGCUUUACGUGGAGGUACGCUUCAAAUACUGAAAUUAAGGAUUUUUUAAUUUAGAUGAAAUCGAAUAGAUUUUCACAAUCAUGCUACGCGCGAGUCUCCGCAUCAGCGGAGAGGAGAGAGGAGAAGAAACGAAGACGACAGGAAAUGGCCCAGUUGUUGGUCGAGAGAAAAAGACUCAAAACUCUGGAAGAUAAUGGCAAUGUUACGGUACCCCAGGACGACCAAAAAUUCGAAGUUUCCUCUGGAUCGGUAAGAUUAAACGUGGGAUUUUCUUCAUUUUAGGAUCGUUUAUGCUUUCAAGCAUGGGCUUUCAGAAUCCGCAAAAAUUUCGAAAAUCGGACAUUUAAUUUUCGAGAAAAUUUCGAUUUAAUUUUUUUGCCGGAGGGGGGUUUUUUUUGAAAAACAUGAUUUUAAUUGGUUUUAUGGUUUCAGAAUGUCCUUGAAAACGUCACCAACAUAACUCCGAUGAGAAUCAAACUCUAG